UUCUUCCUCUUGGUCUUUUUUCACACCGUGUUCGACGUCGUCGUCGCUGCCGCGACUGCUUAACCAAUAAUUUGUUGAUCGGUUUAACAAUUAUGGCGAUUUCUGUGAAAUUAGGGGUUUUGAGCGUGGCUCUCGUGCUGGCGAUUUUCGCCGGCACAGCGUAUUCUCGCAGCAAAGUGAUAACCUUGGACGAAGACAACUGGGAUGUGAUGCUGGAGCAAGAAUGGAUGGUGGAAUUUUAUGCUCCGUGGUGUCCUGCUUGCCGGGCUCUUGAACCCAUAUGGAACGAAUUCUCCACAUGGAGUGAAGAACUUGGACUUAAAGUUGCCAAAGUUGAUGUGACAAACUCUCCAGGAUUGAGUGGACGAUUUAUUGUUACUGCUCUGCCAACAAUUUACCAUGUUCUCAAUGGUGAGUUCCGUCAGUACCAUGGCUCUCGGGACAAAGAGUCUUUCAUGUCAUUCAUUGAGCAGCAGAAGUGGAAAACAUUGGAUCCCAUCCCCUCUUGGAAAUCUCCUGCAUCCUUCCACAUGGGAGCUACUGCCUACUUCUUUAAGUUGUCUCAACUUCUUCGAGCUGUUCACAAUCGUUUGAUGGAAGAGUACGGCCUGCCAACUUGGGGAUCCUACAUCAUUUUUGCCAUUGCCACGAUUGUUCUAGGAGCAAUCCUUGGAUUGGUCAUGGUAUGCGUGAUUGACAAUAUCAUCCCUUGCAAGCCGUCUGAGUCUCAGGCCGGCAAAAGAGUAGGCCCAUCGGAUCGGGGUGAUGUUGAUGAUUUGGUGGAUGAAGAAGGAUCUCAAAGUUCUAAUGACGAGCGCUACAGCAAGAGCAGUUCUGGUGCAGAAGAUGAUGAAGAUGACGAAGACGAUGAAGAAGAGGAUGAAAAGUCAGCUGGCAGCGCACCACCUUCCCCUGCUCCAGGAACCCCAGGAAAGGCUAGGCAACGUCGGGCCCGGAAGGCUGACUAAGUUUUUGAAUUGUGUUCUGUGGGAGCCCCUGUCUUUUAAAUCUUAACCCAGAAUGUUACUGUGUCUUUAAAAAUUUAACAGGUAUUAUCUAUUUUAACUGAAAGUGAGGGCAGCUAUAUUCCAUUGCAAUAAGCAGAGGCUGGUUUUAGGCUGUAUUAAAGCUGUAAAGUAAUGCAUAUUGUGGGACCUUGUCACCCAUUUCCUUUCUAUUCCCGUUAUGCCAACUGUUUAGAGGGCCUGAUGACAUUUCAGUGAAUGAUAGGGUAUAGUUCAUUAAAGGAAUUUUUUUUUUUUUUUGCUCACUCCCAAAACCCUUAACUUUAUCCCCUCAGGAGUUUUGAAGGAAUAUAGUGAACAAUGUUAAAAAAAUGGCUCUCACAAAUUUGGAUUUUUGAAAAUGUUAUUUCAAGUCAAGCAUUGCAGUGAACAAAUUGUUGCUAGCUAUCACUGCAGCCAUGUGUGGAUUUGUAUGAUUUUGUGUGUGUGCUGCCAGAUGUCCUCUGUAUACAUGACCAAUUCAAUUUUGAGGAUUUGUGAUUAUCUGCACCCAUUCCAAGUGUGUUUAAUAUAUUGCUGACAGACCAUUAAAGUUGUUAGUGAUCUUAAUCAAAUUAAAUGUUCUCUCUUUGUUUUUUUUUUUUUGUUUUUAAAGAAUCUGAUGAUAUGACUGAAAGGUGUAUGUCCCUUGUCGUGCAAAACUGAAAAAUAGCAUGAUUUGUGCCUUUAGUAAUGCACCUUUCUUUGAUAACUCUCCCAACAGAAAAUGGAGAAUAUUUGCUUUGCUGACUGAUCUUAAUCGCUUAAGUGUUAUCAAUAUUACUUCCUUAUCCAACAAUUACUCAGUUAUGUUGUAACUUAUGUUUCAGUGACUCAAAACCCAUUAGUGGGUUGAACCUAAAAAAAAUCUUACAUUAUGGUACUUAUUUUAACAGAAACUUACAUUUACCUUUAGUUUCUGUAUCAGCUCAUUCCUUGUAUCUCUUCUCUAAUUUUUCUACAUUUUUUGUACUCUUUUGCCGUAUGUUAUUCUUUAUUUAUUGAUUGAUUGAGAAGGUAGAUGGUAAUGUUGCUCUGUUAGUGGCAGGGUCAAUGUGGUUCUUAAUAUUAACUGGGCAUCAACCAUUGAGUCAAGUAUCGUAUCACAGAUAGAAUUAAAUAUUUUUGAAAAUUUGUGUCUGUGAAACUAUAUGAGAAGCUUCUUCACCUUAACUUUGUUUGCUGGUGUGCCAGUAUUACAUUUUUUUUUAUUACUGGAUUUUCAGAGUUUUUCCAGGCAGUGUAUUGUUUUAAAAUAGAACUGUGAUAUUCUGUACUUCCCUAGGUUGUAUCUCACAGAACCUUUGUGCCGCUAAUAUUUUUGAAGUCUUCAUUCCAUCUUUGACUAAUGUUUGAGGAAUUUGUGUGUUGAAAUGAAAUCUUACCGAUUUCUAUAGACACAUCCUCUUUAUCCUGGCAGUUCUGAGUAGUCAUCACAUAAUCCUGAAAGGCCUGAUUUGUCAUUGAUAAGUGAUUUUGUGUCUGUUAAAAAUCGUGCUCAACUACAUCAGCUGUUCUAUUUUAAACUGAUGGCUUUCAUUGUCCAUAAUUAGAUCUUUCUCAUAUUAUAAAGAAAACUUUUUAAAAUAUGUGAUGGAAAAGUAACAUAAGAACAUAUAUUUUGUUAUGCGCAAAAAAAACUCUACAAAUUAAUUUCAAAAUUUGGAGGAA